CAGCCCCAGCACCUCCGCCCCGGGACGCCUCUGGCCGCCCCGCCCGGCCAGGGAGCUCCGAGCGGGUGAAGUUCGCCCGGCCCGGCCCGGCCCGGCCUCUCUCUCCGGCUUAGAGGCAAGAGGGGUUCAGGCAAAGGAGCGCUCGGGCGGGGUGAAUGCGGCGGCGCCGGGGCUGCGAAGCGAUGGCAGGCGCCGAAAGUUUGGGCCAGCGGGACACCUGUCUGUGCCGCGGGUUGGCUGUCUCCGAGCCCAGAAUCGCUGCUGCUGCUGGGGUGUCUGGGGGACUCCUGAAGUGCAGCCAGGGAGCUGGUGAGAGCAUCUGGGGAGCCCUGGGGACCAGCAGGAGAUCUCCCAAGCAAGGCCACAUGGAGAACGAGACCUUGGCCUUUGGACCCCCUCUGGGCAACAGCAGGGUCAACCAGACCCUAGGGAAGAUGCCCCAGCACCCUCUGGAGCUGCAGGUGGUGACCAUCUUGCUGGUGCUGCUGAUCUGUGGGGUGGGCAUCGCGGGGAACAUCAUGGUGGUACUGGUGGUGCUGCGCACCAAGCACAUGGUGACCCCCACCAACUGCUACCUGGUGAGCCUGGCCGUGGCAGACCUGAUUGUGCUGCUGGCGGCAGGGCUGCCCAACAUAUCGGAGGUGGUGGCCUCCUGGGUGUACGGCUACGCCGGCUGCCUGUGCAUCACCUACCUGCAGUACCUGGGCAUCAACAUCUCAGCAUGCUCCAUCACCGCCUUCACGGUGGAGCGCUACAUCGCCAUCUGCCACUCCAUCAAAGCGCAGCUGCUCUGCACCGUGGCCCGGGCCAAGCGCAUCAUUGCUUGUGUCUGGCUCUUCACCUCCCUCUACUGCAUGAUGUGGUUCUUCCUGGUGGACACUGCCCAGGCGACCUUCUCAGACGGGGUGCAGGUCAGCUGUGGCUACAGGGUCUCCAGGAACCUAUACCUGCCCAUCUAUUUCCUGGACUUCACUGUCUUCUAUGUCAUCCCACUGGGGCUGGCCACUGUCCUGUAUGGCCUCAUUGCCCGCAUCCUCUUCAUGAGCCCCCUGCCUGCCAGCCCCCAGGACUCUGGCAGGCUCAGCUUCAUGCACCAGGGCAAGCCGCCCAGCUCCAGCUCAAUGAAGCUCUCCUGCCAGGGCAACAACGGGGCUCUGAGCUCCAGGAAACAGGUGAUCAAGAUGUUGGCUGUGGUAGUGAUCCUCUUUGCCCUGCUGUGGAUGCCAUAUCGCACAUUGGUGGUAGUGAACUCCUUCCUGGACCCUCCGUACCUCAACAUCUGGUUCCUCCUCUUCUGUAGGAUGUGCAUUUACCUGAAUAGUGCCAUCAAUCCCAUCAUUUACAACCUGAUGUCUCAGAAAUUUAGAGCAGCUUUCAAAAAGUUAUGCAAAUGUGAACAGAAAAGGACUGAGAACCCCACCCCGUACAAUGUUCCGGUGUACUAUAGCGUCAUGAAGGACUAUUCCCAUGACAGCUCCGAUCAUGAUGUCACAGAACAAGAAGAUCUAAAUGGUUUCUCCACAACAGUGAAGAAAAGUAAACUUUACAGAUAAACAUGGUGACCAUAAAACAACAUAGACUUUGGGAAGUACGUGGUUGUAUUUUACACUGUCUGGAACGUCCUAUUGAAAAUUGUUUCUGCCAUAUGCGGAGAGCACACAACAAGAUUAAUUUAAGAGCUCUCUAGGGCAUUUAACAAAAUAGAUUCGUAGAGGGCAAAUUAAUUUUCUUUUCCUGAAUGCUAAUUUAUUCACAAUUAGAUUGUGUGUUAGACUUUUGGCAGCAUUUUGCAUGGUCUGUAGUUAAUGUGGUGGUGCAAUUACAUUUCCUGUUAUGCACAAAUAUUUUUAUUUGUUGGGCCUAGUCAGGGUUUGCAUAGGAAACCUAAGAAAAUCCAGGUGCUGCAGGGGGUUGUACAGGGUCUUCAGUAGGAUAUCUUUUCUCUGAACCAAUGCCUCCCAAACAGUAGUAAGGGGCACUGUAUUGCUGAAGUGUCAUCUUUCUGGUGGGACAUAGGACCAAGACCCAGGCCACUUGAAGUCAUUUAAUGAAGAUCUCAUAGGGCUUUCAAUAAUAGGAGAGGUGUCAGCUCUAUUGUCCUGGCCAAAUUCCAAUUUGGAAAAUUUUAUUCUUCCUACUUAAAGUCUCUCCAGCAUCUACAACUGCAUACAGUACUCUUCCUUUUCUGUUCUGCUGUAACUUUUAGUGUGAUGUUGCUGUGUACUGUUGAACAGCUGCCACACGCUAUCCCAGAGGUGGCUGCAUUUCAGUGGCAAGCAAAAUGAUUGUGUUAGAUACCUUAAAUAAUUUGUAAAAGUUUGUAAAGUGUCAUGGGGCCCUUUGUGAUGAAUGGUCCUAUGUAAAUGUGUAAUAUUAUUGUUUCUAAUUGUGGUUACACUCUAAGAAGAGAAAUGGAUAUUCAGAAUUGUACAGUUCAAUGAAACCAUCCUGUGGAGCAUGUCCCAUACCUGCAAGUUAUUAUUUGGACUAGAUCAAAAGCAUAGAAGAUUGCACAUGAUUAAAAGGAACAUUCUGAAUCCUGGGAAUUCCUAGGGAAGAUUUUGCUCCAUAAAACAAAUGGCAGCCAUUGGUAAUCCUGGUGAGCGACAGAGACUUUCUGUGAGACUCUCACCAUACAUUGGAGAUUCUUUCGUCACUGUGUGGCAUCUUACAGCUCCAUAUCCUCAAAUUAGAAAGGGACUGUACAGUAUGUUUAGAGCACAAAUGUGCAGCUAUCCAGCUGUACACCUACAGAAGAGAACUGUUCUGAGAACCGAACCUGCACUUCAUUCUGACCUAUCUGAGGACUAUACAGCAUAUAUUUGGUUUUGGUGUGAUAUGUGGCUGUAUGUGUGUGUAUAUAUAUUAUACUGUCUUUUAUUUAACUAUCUGGUCCAAAAUAAUUUUAAGGCAAAGAAAAUGUUUAAAAAAUGCAAAUUGUUGUUUCAGAUGCAUACUAUAGGAAUGUUCGGGAAUUUAUGAACAGAUGUGCUUCAUGUGCUAACAGCUGGCCUGUCAUUAAUGUAUGUGAGUCUUUAGGAACCAACUAUUGUGAUUAUCACUGGGAGUUCUGCUCACUGAUUUUAAAUCACAGCUUCAAUUGGAUUCUACAAAGAGAAUUGGAUAGAAUUACCAGGGCUACAGCAUUGGAAAAUUGUACCAAAGGAGCAAGUAAAAGACACAGCUUACAGGAAACAAUUUUUCUUUUAUCUUAAUAUUUUGUGGCACUAAGUAGAGGUUACUAAUAAGAUUAACAUGCAGCUCAGAGCAGAACAGCUGCCACCACACAAAAUCAUCAAGUGUAAAGGUCUCAAAAACAAUGGUAGGCACACGCAAGGUAUAAUAGAAACUUGGAAAGCUGCUGAAUACAUCAAAAUGUGCCAUGAUUAAUGACCUCACAUUAAAAGUAGCCCAAGUGCCACUCCAGAAAUUCAAGACACAAUAAUUCCAGCUGGUUUCCUAUUCUAUAAUGAGACAAUCUGUCAUGCAACUCUGCAGGUAAACAAGUUUCAUUUGUAUGUAUGAUCAUGGUGAAUAGGGAAGUAUUGUGAUUAUAGCUAUUUAUUUGUAUUACAGUAGCAUCUAAGGCCCUUGAUACAGAUCAGGGCCCCUCUACAUUCAUACAUGUAAUGAAGCUGUACAUACAUGUAAUGAACAGACCGUCACUGUCCCAAAGAGCUUACCGCGCCUAGCUAUGUUUAUAUAGAGUAUACUGAAGUGUGCACCAGGGACGAUAGAGAGGGGGUCCCCAGGUACUCAGCGAAUGGAUACCUUAGGCAUUAAUAAAUACACUGAAGAACUGUGCAUAAUGAAAGACCAGUACAAGCCUUCACUGGCUGAGCUGGGGUUUGCUUGAAAAUUUGUUUAGAAUGUUUGCUAUGUCAAAUCCUGUAUUUCUAUACAGCAAAAGAGCACUAUUGACCUGGAUGGGACUUUUCAGCCUUUCCCCUACCCCAGCCACCUCUUUUAAUCGAUAAAAAGCAGAUAUAAUCUAGAGAUGAAUUCAAACCAAACUCCUGAAUCCAAACACUACUGAAAUCUUAGCCCUGAUCUGCACCCAAAUCUUAUGGCUGGUCCAUAUAUCUAUAACAAGCCAAACCAGACAGCAGAUCCACCUCUCAUGGGAUUCAAUGCCUGCUACUGAAUUUUCAAUUCUGUGUAACCUCGGGUCUUAUUCUCCCAUUUGUGGCUGAUCCACAAACUAGAAUGAUCCUGGUGCCCGGCAGAAUGGACAUAGAGAACAACUGCAGUUUAGAAGGAUAGGAGGUAGGUAUAUACAGUAGUUUCAAUUUGUGAGAGCAAUAAACCCAAAUGUUAAUAGGCCUCCAGUCCUAAUGAGCCAAUAGGUUCCAAUGGACAUAUUCAGCAUCAAAAUGAUAGCAACUGCAUCUACAUUCAGUAACUAGUGGGCCAUUCAUCCACUGGUUUGUGAUGUUAUUUCCCCCCUGGCAUGGGGUAUAAUACCCCCAGAAAUACCCUCAUAACAAAUUGCUCGGUGCCAGUGAGGCGGUGGAUGGAGUUUGAUGAACAAGAAGCAGUACACACAUUAUCAGAAUAAGUUUGGGAUUGUUGACCAGCUGUAGUUAGGCAUUUUACCUGACAUUGGUGGACAUGAUGAGUGAAAUCUAGGUCACAGUGACCCUUGUUAACAAUCCACAGAGGCGAUGCUUAAGGUAGUGACUUUAAACAGGUUUAUACCCCAAACUGGAUCAGCUCUGCCAAUUUCAAUAAUAAAGCAGAAUUACCAGUAACUCCCUCUGCCUCCUCUCAAGACCUCAAAGAAGUGCUUGAACCCAAUAGGUGGGCAGUGGGCAUCGGAUGUAGGUUAAACUCGACUUAGACAGAAAUGGCUGAUACACACCAAGAAAUGAGCCUGAAAAUUCAGAUAUCUAGCUAGCCUUUAGAAACACAUUAGUUUCCUUUUGAGCUACUACAAUCCAUCAGUGAUCUUCCUGAAAACACCAUCCUAGCCACUAUGAAUGUAGAAGCCCUCUACACCAACAUUCCACACAAAGAUGGACUAC